GUUUGUACUACUACAAAGCACACAGUUUGUUUUAAUGUAGCGAUUCUGAGGUCGACUUGCCAGGAAUCAGCUGUAUUCUGUAGUUUUCGUUUCCUUUUUAGACUAGCGAAUCGCCAAGAUGGGUCGGAUUUUCAUAGAACAUAUGGGUGGGCAUAGGAUUAUACACUGUCAGUAUUGUGAAACUCCAUUGACAAAUAGAAGUGAGAUACUUAGCACUCGCUUUACAGGUGCUACUGGCCGCGCAUUCUUAUUUAAUCGCGUUGUUAACAUAGUUCACAGUGAUAUACAAGACCGUGUUAUGUUGACUGGGCGUCACUUAGUAAGAGAUGUUGUGUGCAUCAAGUGCAAUACCAAGUUGGGUUGGAUGUACGAACACGCUAUGGAGGAGAGUCAGCGGUACAAGGAAGGCAAAGUGAUAUUAGAAAGAGCACUUAUAAUGGAAACAGAAGGUCUUGCCGACCCACUUGGAGAAGAGCAGUAAUCGUAUGACUGAGCUAGUUAUUGUGAUACGUUAUGUACAUACAUAUUAUCAUAUACCAUAUUACUCUUCGUUUGACGUUAAAUGUCAUAGUUUUUCUUGAAUGAACAGACGUUUUUUCUGGUUAAACCUAUCUUUUUACUUACUAUUUGAUUUGUAAGCACAAUUUUACAAUGACUGCUGGCUUGUACUCAGUCUAUUAAUGUAACACCGUAUCCGUUACUUUGUGUAUCCAGAACCAGGAAAUAAACUAUGACGUUUUGUAGUGCUUAACAAACCAAAUUUGAAAACAUGUUUGAACAUCUUAAAAUUAUAGCUUCCCGUGGUUCUCAUUCAGCAACGCUAGAUAUAUU